AUGCAAGGCCAGCCGUUCCGUAUCCCAGGCUACCGCGGGCCCAUCAACCCCAACCCCAACCCCCCAGACGGAGAAGCCCGUAUCUCCAUCUACCUGUACCGGCCGUGGCUGGCGGCGGGCAUCAUUGGCGCAGUCGUCUUUGGCGUCUUCAUGGUCGCUCAGAUAUGGUACAUGUUGAGGCGGAGGGGCACGCGCUGGUUCCAUGGCUUGUUGGCAUUUGGUGCACUCAUGGAAGUCGGAGGCUAUGCCGCCCGCAUCAAAGGGCACGAAAACAUGUUCCGCGUCUACGUCUUUGUCGCGUCCUACUUUCUCAUCGUGGUGGCUCCAAUCCCCAUCGCAGCCGCAAUCUACCUCAUGCUCACUUACGCUGCUGCGAGGUGGCCAAAUGCGCGCAGGCUCCUGGUCAUGCCCCCCAAGGUUAUGGUUACGCUCUUCGUGGGCGUAGACAUAGUCACGAUCGCAGUGCAGGUCGUCGGCGCAGCCAUGGUCGGCGUCGUGCAAACCAAGACGAACCGAGGCGAAAAACCUCCCAUGACCGUAACUACCGCAGGACAUAUUCUCCUGGCUGGUCUGGCCGUCCAAACCGCCUUCUUCUCCACUUUCAUGGUCCUCCUCAUCCUGGCCAUCUCCCGCGUCCGCCACCUUGACCUCCACGGACAACAACUGCGUAACCUCCGUGCCUUGCUAUAUACCAAUUUGGCCGCGGGGUUCUUCGUGUUACUCCGCACGGUAUAUCGGUUGGCCGUCGAGUGCCAGGGAUACUUUGGCGAAGCCAAUUCCAACCAGACCCUCUUUACAGUGUUUGAGAUGGUGCCGGUUAUUAUCGCGCUAGGAAUCCUCACUGUCGUUCCUAUCGGGCGGUGGUUCCCAAAGCUCGGUGACGCGCACCAGCAGCACGAGGUCAAAGACUAG